AUGAGCAUAACCGAAGCAUGUUACGAGCAGGCACUCAACCGAUUGCUUCCGUUGAUCUCGUCUCUGGCUUCCGAUGGGGAUCAUGGGCACGCAACGGCCGCUGAUCUCGAGCGCCUACAGCAAGACCUGGUGGAAAAGGACGCAAAGCUAAAUGCCCUAACGAAAGAGUGUGAGAACACUCAGCGAAUGAACGCCGCACUCCUCGAGGAAAACGCCAUGCUUAAGGCUGACAUAGAAGCUCUCAAUCGAAGAACCAGUAACUUGGAGCUAUGCCAGACGCCCCGGUCCGAGGACACCAUACGACUUUCCGAAUUUCCCUUGUUGAGUCCUGCCACGGAGAUUGACGGAGGGGACUCAUACCUGGGUACAAGCGGCAUACCAUCAGUAGCGGUGUCUUCGCCUGUACUCAACUACGCCGAGAUCACCAUGCAGAAUGUCUCGCGCGAGCCUGACACUACCGCACAGCGAAUCCAUAGUGGGGUCAUACAAGCCGAGGCCUUGUUAAACACGGUGAAACAAAGGCGGCUGGCCGCACGAUCUUCUAUGAGCUCUGUCAAGUCAACUGCCAUCAAGUCAUCAAGGAGUCUCCCUGAGAUCACAGGCUACACAUCCUUGUGGUAUGAUUUCAACCGCGCGUUUGACGCUGAUCCAAAGACGACAGCAUGUCUCAAAAUUCAGCGGCUUUGGCGAGGUUACGUUGCUCGUAAGAAGCUCAAGAACAUCAAGCAUCGGUUGAUGAUCGUCAAUGAGGUGUUGGACACGGAGGCUUCAUACGUCCGAGGGCUGCUCGUUCUGCACAAGGAAUAUAUGCUUCCCUUGCAAGAAGAAAAAGACGAGAAGUCGCAUUCAAUAACACCGACUGAUUUCGACAACAUGUUUGGGCAUCUUAGCGAAAUCAUGCAGUUCAGUCAAAGGCUUCUCGACUCCAUGGUGGACAGGGUGGCCUACUGGCAUCACGAACAAUGCUUUGGUGACAUUUUCAUCGAUGCCGCCGAGUCCAUGAAAAUCUAUGCUCACUACAUCAACAAUUACGAUCUCGCCAUGGAAACCCUACAACGCCUGCUCGACAACUUUACCUUUGCCAAACGACUGCAGAGUCUCGAGAAAGCAGCAAGCCGAUCGCACGAUCUGAAGGAUCUUCUGAUAACGCCAGUGCAGCGACCACCGCGAUAUCUACUGCUGUUGCAGGAAUUGCUGAAGAGAACGCCAGAGAAGCAUCCUGACUAUGAAAACUUGGUUUCUGCUGUGAAGCGGAUAAAGCGAACUGUCCACACGAUCAACGAGCGGAAGAAGAGACACGAGUCCAUGCGGAAACUGCAUGAAGCGGUGCGCGGCAGCCCUAUACAUCUCGUGGCUACAAAUCGAUACAUGGUGUUCUCGGGACCCGUUUUGGAACUUAACGAAAGAUCAACUGGUGUCAACGACCUCAAAUACCACCGCCACUUACUGCUAUUCAACGACCUGCUUCUAUGCGCCUCACCAACCUCCAAUAUUACCGAAACGAAUUCAGCUAACCCAGAAGCGACACAAUAUGACUUCAAAUGGGCACUGCCUCUUGCAGACAUUGUGACCGUAAUUGAACGAGACUCCAACUGCUUCCAAGUUGCAUGGAAGGCCGGAGCUUCUUCAGGAAUCAGAAUACUAUAUACCCGCAACCAAGAAGAGCACACGGACUGGGUCAAACAUUUCGCCCACGCUCGCAAAAACCAGAUCAGACUCUCACGUCAAUCAACAUUGGAAGGAGCCGGCCUUAUCCUCCCGCCAACCCACCUAGUCGUCAAAACCGCCACACGCCGUAAAAGCUUGCAAACGAUCAACCAAACGAUAGAGCGUCUAGAAUCCGAAAUCCAAGAAGAGGCCAAAGUCAUCGAGGGCUUCCAACUCCUCGAAAACCUAAACUCGACGAAACCGGAAUCCGCAACCAAAUCUGCCAAAUCUGUUCCGGGGCCAAUCAAAGCGCUCGCUACUCCGUUCGCACCUGUCAUCAAAUCUCAUAAUCGGCCGAUGUUGAGCUGGGAUCGGGAGAAUUGGAUUGGGUUACUUCCUGGUGUCAAGAAACUUUCGAGGACUUUGUCGUUGAGGGGCCAGAGGGAUGAGUCGGAGAAGAAGCUGGGGGUUUUGAAGCGUGAAGUCUCUCGGCAUCAGCUCCUCAGACAGCAACUCCAAACCCCGCCUCCCUUGGGAUGA